AUGGACGACAGUGAAGCCUCCCCGGAGGACAUCAAGGUCCUGACAGACCUGGGACAACUCCUGAUUGAUGCGAUCCUUCAGGACGAACCUUUGGAGAAGAUAAACAGCUUGAUCGAUGCUGGUGCACCCUUGUGGUACCAAACAGAAGACGAGGGCUUGUCUGCACUGCACGCUGCAGUUCACAAAGAGGAUUUUGACUUGGCCAAGAUGUUGCUAGGGAAAGGUGCAAUAUGGAAUGCUGUGGAUAAUGAGAAGAUAACCGCAGGAGAAGUUGCACUAUCUCUAAAUGAUGAAAAAUUAUACACCUUGAUUCGGGAUGCUGGAAUACGCUCAGAAAUGCUGCUCGCCUUGUUAUCCAAAAAACAUCACUCCGAACCCGCAUCUUCUCUUAUCCUCCGGUCAACGGACGAGUCGGCCGCGGGAUCCACUGAUGCAUUCUUGUCUUCCAAGCUGCGGUAUACAACAGACGCCGGGGGGCAGGAGAUAUGCCUGCUCCAAAUGGAUGGAGGAGAAGAAGUAGGUGUCAUGAUGGGCUGGGAGCGCGAGAUCAUGGGGGAGACCGUGAACCGGCUCUGCGAAGACCAUCCCAACUUCGAUCAAGGUCUGAAAAUCCUCAACGUUGGCUUCGGUCUUGGGAUAAUCGACACUCUUUUUCAGCAACUCUCAGUACCUCCUUCCCAGCAUGUCAUCAUAGAACCCCAUCCUGAUGUCUUGGCACAUAUGAAAAGCCUGGGAUGGGACAGGAAACCGGGUGUCCGGAUUCUAGCGGGAAAGUGGCAGGAUUUCGUUGAGAGUGAAGACCUACUCCAAACUGGUGGUUUUGAUGUCGUCUACACAGACACAUUCUCAGAGGACUACGGCGAACUCCACAAAUUCUUUGAGGCACUACCUGAUCUCCUCUCCGGCACAGAAUCGCGAUUCAGCUUCUUCAACGGCCUUGGAGCAACUAACGCAUUGUUUUACGACGUGUAUACCCAUCUUUCCGAGCUCCACCUGGCGGAAAUAGGUCUGGAUGUUGAAUGGAGGGAUCUGGACGUUACACCAAGCAGUAGUGAAGCUCGAUGGGGCCAAACUCGAGAAUACUUCUCCCUUCCGAUAUAUCGGUUGCCUAUCGGGAUGAUGAAGAUCAUGGAACAAUGA